AUGCAGCUAGCACUUACAACACUACUCUGCGCUGUUGGCGUUGCUGUCGCUGAAGACGGCUCAAAAGGCUGGCUUCGCUACGCGCCAAUACCAGACGGGCCAGCAGCGCAGUCAGUACCCUCCACGAUCAUCGCCCUGAACAGCACGAGAGUGAGCCCCGUAUUCACUGCUGGCCAAGAGCUUCAAAAAGGUGUUGAUGGCAUCACUGGAAAGAAACUCAAUGUGAGUGCGGUCGCAGACCAGAGUCACUCUGCCAUCAUUGUCGGAACUAAAGACGCGUUCACGGCGGCAUUCGGUAACAUUGAUGAAUGCGAGAAUCUGGACGCCGAUGGCUUUUUCCUCAGCACGACUACCCCAGGCAAAGUCAUCAUUGUAGGACAGAAUGAACGUGGCGCUCUCUACGGCGCGUUCGAAUAUCUUUCUCAGCUCGCGCAAAACAAUGUCACGUCCGGCUCCACAGUAUUCAACCCACAGGUACCCAUUCGAUGGACGAAUGAAUGGGACAACAUGGAUGGCAGCAUCGAGCGCGGUUACGCUGGCCCCUCACUGUUUUUCCGAGACGGUUUCGUGGUAGACAACACUACGCGAGUCGCUGAAUAUGCCCGCCUACUUGCAUCAAUCCGCGUCAAUGGCGCAAUCAUCAAUAACGUCAACGCGAACGCCACGUUGCUCAAUGACCGCAACGUAGAGGGUCUUGGUAGGCUUGCUGAUGCGAUGAGACCAUAUGGAGUACAACUUGGCAUAUCGCUCAACUUCGCCUCUCCAAACGCUACACUAGGGUCAUUCGACCCGCUAGACCCCCGUGUGGACGCAUGGUGGGCGAACAUCACUAACCAGAUCUAUUCCAAAGUUCCGGACAUGGCAGGUUACCUCGUCAAAGCCAACAGUGAGGGUCAACCGGGACCCUUGACGUACAAUCGAACACUCGCGGAUGGCGCCAACAUGUUCGCAAGAGCAGCGAAGCCGCAUGGUGGCGUGGUUAUGUUCCGUGCUUUUGUAUAUGACAACCACAUCAACGAAACAAACUGGUACAACGACAGGGCGAAUGCUCAGCUGGAAUUCUUUCAACAUCUCGACGGAAAGUUUGAUGACAACGUCGUUGUUCAGAUUAAAUUCGGGCCCAUUGAUUUCCAGGUCCGCGAACCAGCAUCGCCAUUGUUCGGAUCUCUGCGCCAAACGAGCACUGCCAUCGAACUCCAGAUCACACCCGAAUACCUUGGUCAGAAUUGUCAUCUGGUUUACCUAGCACCACAAUGGAAAGAGAUACUAGAGUUUGACAUGAGGUCUGAGAACCAGUCAUCCAAGGUCAAAGACAUCAUCACCGGCGAGCGUUUCAGGCGGCCUUUGGGAGGCUACGCAGGCGUGACUGGAGUGGGAUCAAACGCGACGUGGCUGGGCUCACAUCUAGCCAUGUCUAACUUGUAUGCUUACGGACGACUAGCCUGGGACGCCUCGGUGGACUCAGAGACGAUCCUCCAAGACUGGAUCAGACUGACGUUUGGCUUCGAUGAGGAUGUUCUUGACACUCUCACAGACAUGUCCAUGAGGUCGUGGCCCGCGUACGAAAACUACAGCGGCAACCUCGGAAUCCAGACGCUGACAGACAUCCUGUACACACACUUUGGUCCCAAUCCUGCCUCGCAGGAUGGCAACGGAUGGGGCCAAUGGACGCGCGCCGAUGCAUUCAGUAUCGGCAUGGACAGAACUGUAAAGAAUGGCACUGGUAACGCUGGACAAUACCCGCCGGAGGUCGCCCAGAUCUAUGAGAAUAUAGAGUCGACGCCAGAUAACUUGCUGCUCUGGUUCCACCACGUACCAUAUACACAGCGAUUGAAGUCUAAUAAGACUGUCAUUCAACAUUUCUACGAUGCGCAUUAUGAAGGUGCUGCUACCGCACAAGAAUUUGUCGGACAGUGGGAAUCCUUGAAGGGUAAAAUCGACGAUGAGCGAUACGAACACGUGCUGUUCAGGCAGAUCUUCCAGGCUGGUCAUUCCAUCGUGUGGCGCGAUGCAAUCAACGAGUUCUACCACAAUCUUUCGCAAAUACCGGAUGAGACCAAGCGUGUUGGCAACCAUCCAUACCGGAUUGAGGCGGAAGAUAUGAUGCUUGACGGUUUCAAGACAUAUGCCGUAAGCCCCUUUGAGACGGCUUCCGGUUACACGGCUGUCGUCACCACGUCAAACUCGACGACGGGCAUCGCGACAGCCAACGUCACGUUCGCAUCGGGAACAUACGACGUCGCUGUCAACUAUUAUGAUUUGAUUGGGGAGCCGCUCCAGAUGUUCGACUUUGCAGCUCCAGACGCUAACGCCCAAAAGGUUAUUCCGGACAUCAGCAGCUUCGCACGCAAAUUCCGCGAUGCGCGUCACGACUUGAACACCAUUAAUAGUGAUCUGCUGGUGAUCAAAACCGGGCUCGGUAUUGCGCAAGACGACUUUUCGGCCAAGUGGUCCGAAUUACCGGCGUCCCUCGUUGAUGCUGUAUCACGAGUGCUAGAUUCAUGCGAUGACACCAGUGAGCGAUUACAUAAAGCCUUUCUCAAGCUUUCUUGUAGCAGCAAACCAAAGGAUGAUUGGCGUGCGCUCAAGGACGGACCUUUGGUAAACCUGCGGCAUGAUCUUGAUGCAUCGAAGGUCGUACUUGAGUUGAGUCUGGACUACGUCGCAUUAUUUUGUCAACAAGAUACCCUGGAUUCCUUACUGCAAAACUAUGUCAGCGAUCUCAUUACGCAGAGCGAUGAGCUACUAAAAAGGACGGACACAGACGAGAUCUACGUGAACCAAACAGCGCGAGAUAGACUAUCUUCGCUACUACAGGCUGUUCGUCUGCUUCGCUCAUGUAUUACAGCCAUAUCUCGCGAAGGCGCGCCAUCAUCAUCACAACUAGCAAAGAGGACAACCCUUCCACGACCAGACUCCCUGGAGCCCGCCCUUGGCGAGACGCCCAGAAGCGGGAGGAAGAGCCCCAAUGAACAAACCUCAACCCGAGCCAGCGCAAACGAUGGGAUCGGCACAUGGCUCGCUAAUGUUCCGUCCUUUGAAGACGCGCAGCCUCUCUCAUAUUCCGCAAUCGAACAGACUACUAUUCCAAGACGACUUCUGAUACCGCCAUCGCGGAACGACAUGACGCCAUCGCGCGGUACGUUCUACACUGACGAUGGUGCCGCAUCCAGCCCUACCCUGGUACCACCGGAAUCACGACUCAAAAAGUCCUACAGCUGGUGUACUGACCUCUCGGGAAAGGCAAGCACUCGAUUACAACUUGCGUCUAGACACGCGUCGAAACAAGUGUCGAAGUAUACAUCAACGAUGUCUAGCUCAGACGUCUCUAUCUUUCAGAAACAGAUCACUUCAGACAGGAUCGCUGUGACGAAAGGUAAGAGGAAAGAGUUGGAACCAAAUCAGAGGGCUGCUGUAGAUCGUAUUCUAGCAAACAUACCAUCAGAAGCGACGGCUUCUGAGGUAGAAAGAGUUAUCUGGGAAGGCGCAAACCCAAUGGCUACACAUCCAGAGUUUGGAUACUUUUUCAUCCGCGCAGCAUACGAGAUGUCGCCUGAUGUCCUCACUCUCCUUAUGGAUUUCGGCGCAGACAUCACCCGCAAUAAUCCUCCACCAUCAUCAUAUUACUCCGCCAUGCACGCUGCAACCCUAGGACGACAGCUCGACACCGUCCGCUACCUUGCUGCUCUAGGCCACUCCAUCGACAACCCCGACUAUAGCGGAGAGACACCUCUCCAUCUUGCUUGCAGGACGCCCGGUGCGUCUGCAAUUGCAAAGUACUUCAUCGAAGCCGGCGUCGACGUGAAUUCUGAAGCGAAGAACGGAAGAACACCUCUGCAGUCCGCUCUCAAAGCGGCAAGGUUAGAGGGCAAGGAGAGAAGCAUGUUAAUCGAGCUUUUGCUCGCGCAUGGGGCGGAGGGCGAAGUUAAGAGAGAUCUGGAUUGUGGGAGAGAAGGGAAAGAGGCGGAAGGUGGAGCGGAGCAACUCGCGAUUGAAGACCCUGCGACUGGAGAAGUGUUUGCACAAUGCCAUGCGGCAUCCGCUGGCGACGUAGACAGUGUUGUUAAGACUGCACAUAAGGUCUUCAAAUCUGGCGUCUGGUCGAAAGCGCCCCGCCAUGUUCGUGCGGACACGUUGGAUCGUAUCGCCGAACUCCUUACGAAAAGCCUCCCGCGACUUAUCGAGCUGGAAGUGCGGCAAACGGGACGCGCCAUCCGCGAGAUGAAUGCGCAGGUCCCUACUCUUACGAAGUGGUUCAAAUACUAUGCCGCCUUGAUACGAACCGAGGAGCGCUCAGUCUUGCCUACCGUCGGUAAAUUGCACAAUUGGAUCGAUCGUAAGCCACUCGGUGUUGUUGCGCAAAUUACACCGUUCAACCACCCCAUGUUGAUUGCUGUCAAGAAAAUUGCACCUGCCUUAGCCGCUGGUAACUCGAUUGUGCUGAAACCCAGUGAACUCACGCCACUCACCAGCAUCGAGCUUGGCAAACUCAUGAAGGAAGCCGGCCUACCCGACGGCGUGUUCAAUGUGUUGCCAGGCGACGGUAUGACAACUGGAAAAGCGCUCGUAGAACAUUCGCUCAUCAAGAAGGUGGAUGUAACUGGCGGUACACCGGCUGGGCGCGCCAUUGGCGCCAUCGCAGGACGUAAUCUCGCACAUUACACCGCCGAGCUUGGUGGCAAGGCUCCUCUCAUUGUCUUUGAACAAGCACAUGUUGAUCUCGCAGUGAAUGGCAUCGUCUUCGCUAGCUUUAUUGCCAGCGGUCAGACAUGUGUGGCAGCGACGCGCAUUAUUGUGCAGAACAAGAUUCUCGAUCAGGUAGUAGAAAAGCUGAAGGCCAAGGUGCAAAGCAUUGAAAGGCGGAUGGGCUCACCAAAGAAUGUGGAGUCCAUGAUGGGUCCUCUCAUAUCCGCAAAGCAGCUCGGUAACGUUGAGACGCUAGUCAACGAUGCAAAAGACGCAGGUGUGACGGUCGUAACUGGUGGUCAAAGGAUGAACAGCAAGUCUUCGCUGGACGACACCGACUUCUCGAAAGGCUACUUCUACCCGCCAACGAUAUUGGUGGAUAGCGUUUCGAAGAAGAUUGUUGACACACGCAUAUGGAAGGAAGAGGCUUUCGGCCCUGUCAUCGUUGUUGUGGGCUUCGAUACUGAAGAGGAGGCGCUGGAUCUAGCAAACGAUAGCGAGUUUGGACUAGGCGCAGCUAUCUGGACACAAGAUCUUUCUCAAGCUUUCCGAGUGUCAGAGAAUAUUGAGAGUGGUAUCUGUUGGGUCAACACGCAUCACCGUAACGAUCCAAGCUCACCGUGGGGUGGCAUCAAGAGCUCAGGAGUGGGCAGUGAAAACGGCAUCGACGCUUAUAAUGCGUAUACGACCUCGAAGAGCACAAUCAUCAACUACGCCACUGCACAAGAAGGUCUAGGGAGCGACGAUUGGUUUAGGGAGGGUGCUGGUGAGGUUAGGUAUGGAUGA